AUCAUUAUAUAGCAGUUAUCCCUGACCUUUGGUUUUAUUGCUUGUAGCAAAGGUUGAGGAAAUCAGAGCAGCAGUCGGAAAAUAAAGCAGCGAGUCAGGACUGCAGGCUUCUAACAAAGAGAUCCAAACAGCUUCCAACAUGAACAGGUCUACAGAGAAAAAAGGAGAGCCUCCUGAACCCAGCAGUAUGUCUGUAAUGAGCGAUCACUCUGCAGAUUAUCCUCUGAACUUCAAAGCCAAGCGGGACCUUUUUGAAACAAGGGUUUCCUCCGACACACCUCUUGAGAGUAGACCCCCCUCAGACACUAGCUCUGUUUCCAUGAGAAGUGACCAAUCUGCCGGUCAUCCUUUAAACUUUAAAAGAGCUGACUCGUUCAGCACAAGUUCCAGCUCCAAAGUUUCCUCUGCGAGCGUCGCAGAGACGAGACGUGGCUCAGAUUCUAGCUCUGUUUCCAUGAGAAGUCACCAAUCUGCUGGUCAUCCUUUAAACUUUAAAGAUGGACGAGAGGCAUUGGAAACAAGCUGCAAUAACUUUUCCAAGAAAACAUCAGAGAGGAGACAUGGCUCAGAUUCUAGCUCUGUUUCCAUGAAAAGUGACCAAUCUGCUGGUCAUCCUUUAAACUUCAAAGAUGAACGAGAAGCAUUGGAAACAAGCUCAGAUAAUGUUUCCAAGAAAACAUCAGAGAAGAGACAUGGCUCAGAUUCUAGCUCUGUUUCCAUGACAAGUGACCAAUCUGCUGGUCAUCCUUUAAACUUCAAAGAAGGACGAGACACACUGGAAACAAGUUUUCCACAAAGGAAAGAAACGUCACUUGACUGUGUUUCCAUGAGGAGUGAUCAAUCCAAGGAUUACCCUCUUAACAUCAAAGAUGGAGUGGACGAGCAGAGGACAGAAAUGCUCAGUGAUCGGUCUGCAAACCAAGAUCCUUCGGAGCUGACGCUAAUUUUUAAGGAGCUGGAGAACAAUAUUGUUGACUUUGUCAAGAAUGAGCUGAAGAAGUUUCAGACUUCACUGCAUCCAGAUCCUUCACAACAGUUAAACAAGGUCAAGAAGGAUGAGGAGGUUCUGCGGGGUGAAGAUGAAGCCCAGAGGAGCACAAAGGAAGCUUUUUUAAAUAUCACACUGUACUUUCUGAAGUGCAUGAAACAGGAGCAGCUUGCUGACUUACUGUACAGCAAAAUAUUUGCUCCACUCUGUAUAAACAAACUUAAAUCCAACCUAAAGAAGAAGUUUGAGAGUGUAUUUGAGGGGAUCGCUAAAGCAGGAAGUCCAACCCUUCUGAACCAGAUCUACACAGAGCUCUACAUCACAGAGGGAGGGACUGGGGAGGUCAAUGAUGAACAUGAGAUCAGACAGAUUGAAACAGCAUCCAGGAAAGCAAACAGAGGAGAAACAACAAUCAAAGAGGCAGACAUCUUUAAAGUCCCACCUGGAAGAGAUCAACCAGUCAGAACAGUGAUGACAAAUGGAGUGGCUGGCAUUGGGAAAACAGUCUUAACACAGAAGUUCACUCUGGACUGGGCUGAAGGCAAAUCCAAUCAGAACAUCCAGUUCAUAUUUCCAUUCACCUUCAGAGAGCUGAAUGUUGUAAAAAAUAAAAAGUUCAGCUUAGUGAAACUUGUUCAUUAUUUCUUUGCUGAAACCAAAGAGGCAGGAAUCCAAAGGUUUGACAAGUUCCAGGUUCUGUUCAUCUUUGAUGGUCUGGAUGAGAGUCGACUUCCUCUGGACUUCCACAACAAGGAGAUCCUGACUGACGUUACAGAGUCCACCUCAGUGGAUGUUCUGCUGACGAACCUCAUCAGGGGGAACCUGCUUCCCUCUGCUCUCCUCUGGAUAACCACACGACCCGCAGCAGCCAAUCAGAUCCCUCCUGAAUGUGUCAGCAUGGUGACAGAGGUCAGAGGGUUCACCGACCCACAGAAGGAGCAGUACUUCAAGAAGAGAUUCAGAGAAAAGAAAGAGAGCAAAAGGAUAAUUUCCCACAUAAAGACAUCCAGAAGCAUUCACAUCAUGUGCCACAUCCCGGUCUUCUGCUGGAUCACUGCUAAGGUUCUGGAGGAUGUUCUGAAGGCCAAAGAGAAAGCUGAGCUGCCAAACACCCUGACUGAGAUGUACAUCCACUUCUUGGUGGUUCAGACGAAAAUAAAGAAAGUCAAAUACGAUCGAGGGUCUGAGACAGAUCCACACUGGAGUCCAGAGAGCCAGGAGAUGAUUAAGUCUUUAGGAAAACUGGCCUUUGAUCAGCUGCAGAAAGGAAACCUGAUCUUCUAUGAAUCCGACCUGAUAGAAUGUGGCAUCGACAUCAGAGCAGCCUCAGUUUACUCAGGAGUUUUAACACAGAUCUUUAAAGAGGAGACAGGUCUGUAUGAGGAGAGCGUUUUCUGUUUCAUCCAUCUGAGUGUCCAAGAGUUUCUUGCUGCUUUGCAUAUCCGCCUACAGAUCUCCAAGAACGACGCUGACUUGCCAAAAGAACAAAAGACUACCUUUAAUAUCUCCAAAACAAGAAAAGGUGUUACUCCACUGGGGAACUUCUACCAGACUGCUGUUGACGAGGCUCUGCAGAGUAAAAAUGGACAUCUGGAUUUGUUUCUUCGCUUCCUCUUAGGGCUCUCCCUGGAAAGCAAUCAGAAGUUACUAAAAGGUAUUUUGUCAUGGAUAGGAAGCAAUUCUGAGCCCAACCAGGAAACGAUUGCCUACAUCAAGAAGAAGAUUGAAACCUGCACAUCUACAGAGAAGUGCAUUAAUCUCUUCCAUUGUCUGAACGAACUGAAGGAUGAUUCUCUAGUGAAGGAAAUACAAACGUUCCUGAAAUCAGGAAAUCUGUCUCAACAAGAGCUGUCCCCCACCCAGUGGUCAGCUCUUGUCUUCAUCUUGCUGUCGUCAGAAAAAGAUCUGGACGUCUUUGACCUAAAGAAGUACUCUGCCUCAGAGAAUUAUCUUUUGAACCUACUCCCAGUCCUCAAGGCAUCUAAUAAAGCUCUCUUGGAUGGUUGUCACCUCUCAGAGAAAAGCUGUGAAGCUCUUGCCUCAGUCCUCAGCUCGAAGUUCUGCUAUCUGAAAGAGUUGGAUUUAAGUAACAACGACCUUAAGGAUUCAGGAGUGAAGCAGCUGUGCAUUGGACUGCAGAGUCCACAUUGUAAACUAGAAACUCUCAGGUUGUCAGGUUGCCUAAUCACAGAGGAAGGCAUUGUUUCAAUUGCCUCAGCACUUACCUCCAACCCUUAUCAUCUAAAAGAGUUGGACCUGAGCUUCAAUCAUCCAGGAAAAGCAGGGAUGAAGCUCCUUUCACAUUUGAGACUGGAGACACUCAGAACGGACUGUGGUGGAGAAUGGACGCUACAGGCAGGACUGAGAAAGUAUACUCGUGGACUGACUCUGGAUUCAGAAACGGCACACAGAAACCUCAAACUAUCUGAUAACAUCAGAAAGGUGACAGCGAUGACCGAGACCCAAGCGUAUACUGAGAACCCGGAGAGGUUUGACCACUGGCUCCAGCUGCUCUGUGCAGAAGCUCUGACCGGUCGCCAUUAUUGGGAGGUUAAAUGGGAGGGGAUGGUGAGCAUCGGAGUGACUUACAGAGGGAUUGAAAGGAAAGGGAACAGUGUCAGUUGUUUGCUUGGUGGGAAUGAUAAGUCCUGGACUCUUUACUGUUCAAAGAACGGUUACUUUGGGUUUCACGGUGACAAAAGGAAAGAUGUCCCACAAUCCUCCUGUGUCUCCGACAGAGUGGGCGUCUAUCUGGACCAUCCGUCUGGGACACUCUCCUUCUACAUAGUGUCCUCUGACAAACUCAUCCACCUUCGAACCUUCGGCGCCACAUUUACUGAACCUCUUUAUCCUGCUUUUCGAGCUUUUCCUGGUUCUUCAGUCUCUCUGGAGGAUUAAAAACUGUUUUCAAUCUUCUGAUCACUUCAUCUUUUAGGUUUAGUCUAAUGAUUCUGCCAGUGGCUUUUUACAGCCGCCUGUUUUUAUUUAAAACAAGAGGGAAAUAUAAAGAUUACAUGUAUUAUACAUUCAACAUUUAGUAAACUGUUGAAUGUUGAAUGCUGAAAAAAAAUAGAAAUCUAAAAAAGUCAUUUUUGCUUAAAAUAAGUGAAUUUUGUCAUGAUUUGAGGAGGUAAGUGAGACACUUUGCUAAUAGAACAAGACAAUUUACAUUUAAAAUAAGAAAAAUCAGUCACAUUGUCUCAUUCCAAGUGUUUUUCAUCUAAUUAUCUUAUUUUAAGAGUAAAGACACUCAUUCCAUUGGCAGAUCAUCCUAUUUACCUGCUCAAUUA